AAAUCAUGACGUCAUCAAACCAAUAUUUCAAGCAAAGGCUAAUAGCAAUAAACGGCUGUUGUUGGACGAUAAAAACGAGUGACCAGCAUGCCAAGACAGAAAAGAGAAGACAAAGUGCGAUUCAUGCGCUCACAGUUAUACGAGGGACAACUGAUGAGACUUCCAGCCAAGUACAAACUAUCUAAUAUCAUUGACCCAGCCUCCCUACCCGAACCCCUCUCCUUUCACACACCUCGUCCCAGACCGGAUUCGGACGUUUAUGAUUUCCCCGCCCGGUACUGGCCAUCCCCCAACACAUCUCUCGUCCCCGAGAACAUGUCAGCUAUUGAGUUGUGGGAGCAAUGCUCCAAGAACGUCGCCUCUUCUAGCAGCGGGAGGCCGAGCGGAAGGACGGACAACCGGCGGAGGGAGAACAAAUCCAACAGCUCUACAACCCGAUCGUACAACAACAUAUCAACAUGUAUACCCAUCACCAACAACCGGGUUCACGAGGCGGUGGUGGACCUAGAGAAUCUGUCCAGGAAGGAGCAGGAUGACCGUCUGCUGGUCCUCAAAGCAAAGUUAAGCGACAAGGACUACGCCAUCAUUGAACAGAUAGUAGAUGAUAAACGCACUGAAUAUAUAAGGGCAUUCUGUAAGUCAUAUACGGAGCGGGGUCUUGGUCCAAUUCCCCGCAGCGACAAUCCCGCCUACCUUGCCCGGGAGCUGAAACGUCGUGUCGCCUGUCAGGAGAAUGGGCUGGACUGGAAGAAGGUCAAAUGGCCAACAAUUCGCAGGAAGCACCAUCUGCCAGCCCGGCAUGAGAUAAAUGUGCCACGUGUCGAGGAGAGUGAGGCCACAUGAAUGAUUCACUAGAACCAGUCAUGUACAACAUCACUAGCUUUGUCAUACACUACACUUAUACUGGAGUCUGCUAUAAUUUGUUAAACAGCCAGUUGGAAUCUAGAUUGGAAUUUACUAUAUUUGAAUCUAAUUACCUGUUUGGAAUUUACUUGUCAGAGUCAAAAACAAAAACUUUGUGCUCUUAGAUUCCAAAUAAUCACUACUGAACAAAAUAAGUUUUUGAAUCCUGUACUAACUUUUUUCUCGUAAUCAUAACAAAUCAUGAAUUGAUUUCAGUGAACAAGUAGUCACAACUAUCAAAUCUGUGGAAAUUUAUAUUAAUCUUUGUGGUAUUAAAUCAUAAUGUAGUUUUCAAAAGUUUGAAUACAGAAUCAUGUGGCACCACAGAAACUAUUCAAUAAACAUUCAUGACAGGUUGACAUUCAGAGAACGACUCUGUGAAGCAUAGACAGCGUGGUUUUUAUUUGACAUAUUAUCAAACAUUAUCUAUUUACAUUUAUUCUUUGACAAAUGGUUUACACUUUAUUACAAUAUUUUUUGUAUAUUUGUUGUAUAUUUUUAUGAACUGUUACAGAAAUAAACCUUUGUUAUUAAAUA